AUGCCUUCAGCCUCUCAAGUUGCAGCAGUUGUUGUCGGAGGUGAUGAUAUUGCCAACCUGAAAGAAAGGGAUGUCAUGAUCUUUAACUGGCAAGAAGAUAACAUGCCGAGAAUUUUAUUCGUAUAUGUUUCAGAUGAGAGAAUGUAUAAUAUCUAUAGUCUUAAGAGCUGGCCGUUAACUCAACAAUUUGCUGUGGACAACUGUGUAAAGAUGCAAGCAUCCAAUUUGAGAUGGGUUGCACUCAACCAAGACACAAUUCGUGCAGAUUUGUACAAGGGACUAGAGGAUUCAUACAAUGUCGGAGAACACAAUACAGAAAAUGUUGGACGAAGAACUAUACUUCCAUCAUCAUUUGUUGGGAGUCCGCGAGAUAUGCAUCAACGAUACCAAGAUGCAAUGGCUUUGGUGCACAAAUUUGGCAAGCCAGACAUAUUCCUUACUAUGACGUGCAAUCCGUCGUGGUCAGAAAUAGUAGCAGAAUUACUACCUGGCCAACAACCUCAUGAUCGUCCAGACUUGCUAACAAGGGUAUUCCAUGCCAGACUCGAGGAGUUAAAAAAGUGUGUGUUAGAAAGGAAUGUUCUCGGGAAGGUAGUUGCUUGUGUAUAUGUGAUUGAAUUCCAAAAACGAGGGCUUCCACAUGUUCAUAUGUUACUAAUUCUUGACCAAAGUGACAAGCUUGCCACUCCUGAUGAUUAUGAUAAAAUAAAUCCACGUUCACCAUGCAUGAAACAAGGGAGUUGUAAGAAGGGGUUUCCUAAGUCAUUCUCUAAUUGUACAAAGCAAGGAAAUGACUCAUAUCCCAUCUACCGUCGGCGUCAAGAUGCUCCACCUAUACCGUUACGUGAGAAUUCACGAGUAACUGUAGAUAAUCGGUGGGUAGUUCCAUAUAACCCGUGGUUGUUGAAUAAGUAUGAUUGUCACAUUAAUGUAGAGAUAUGCAGCAGCAUUAAGUGUGUCAAAUAUUUAUACAAAUACAUCCAUAAGGGUUCUGAUAGAGUUUCCAUGGAAGUUCAUAAAGGGGAUGAGAUUGCACAGUUCGUUGAUGCAAGAUGGAUUUGUGCACCUGAAGCUAUGUGGAAAUUUUACAAAUUUCCAAUGACUCGGAUGAACCCGUCAGUAGACCGUCUGCAAGUUCACUUGCCAAACAUGCACCAAGUUAGAUUCGAAGGAAACCAGCCUAUCGAAAGCAUUUUGGCUGACCCAAGGAACUCCAAAACAAUGUUGACUGAGUUUUUCAAGAUGAAUUCAGUAGAUCCUGAAGCCGAAAUUACUAUAUAG